UGUUGUGGUUCUCUGGUUAUGUUCUAUGGUUGUGUUCUUGGUUUGUUCCGUCGCCUGCUUGUUCUAUGGUUGUGUUGUUCGUGACAUGCUGUUGCCGUUAGAGUUUAAACAGCUUAGCACUUGCAGAGAUACGUAUUUCUGUUUAAUAGUUUAGUCCCUGAAUUUGGUUUUCUGAAAGUGUUGAGAAGGAAUAUAGAGUGGAAAAACAAUCUUUCUAACAAUGAAGAGUGGCACCAAAAUAAAUUUGCCAUGGGUAGAAAAAUACCGCCCUACUCAUUUAGACGAUCUUGUAUCACAUGAAGAAAUUAUAAAAACAAUAAACAAAUUUAUUAAAGAUGAUCAAGUUCCUCAUUUACUUUUUUAUGGGCCACCGGGAACAGGAAAAACGAGUACCAUUCUAGCUUGCGCAAGACAACUUUAUGGUACACCAACACAAUUUUCCUCUAUGGUAUUAGAACUGAAUGCAUCUGAUGACCGGGGCAUAGGAGUCGUAAGAGGGCAAAUACUAACAUUUGCAAGCACCAGAACAAUUUUUAAGUCUGGCUUUAAGCUUAUUAUUCUAGAUGAAGCAGAUGCCAUGACUAUGGAUGCUCAAAACGCAUUAAGAAGAAUUAUUGAAAAAUACACGGAAAAUGUGAGGUUCUGCAUAAUUUGUAACUAUCUUAGCAAAAUCAUACCUGCACUACAGUCACGCUGUACAAGAUUUAGAUUCGGACCUUUAACACCUGAGCAGAUUCUACCUCGUCUAAAUUACGUUAUAGACGAAGAAAAUGUCAAAGUGACUGAUGAUGGUAAGCAAGCACUUCUUACCUUAGGAAAUGGCGAUAUGAGGAAGGUCCUUAAUGUAUUGCAAAGCACAUGGUUAGCUUACAAUGAAGUAACAGAAGAAAAUGUGUACACAUGUGUAGGACAUCCUUUAAAAAACGAUAUUGAAAGCAUCGUAAAGUGGUUGCUUAGCGAAGAUUUUCGCACAUGUUAUAAAAAUGUGAGGGAAUUGAAAAUGAUUAAAGGCUUGGCUUUGAAUGACAUAAUUACUGAAAUACACAGAUAUGUUCAUAGAAUUGAGUUUCCUUUUGACAUAAUGGUGUCAUUAUUACAUCAUAUGGCCGAAAUUGAGUAUCGCUUAGUUAAUGGAUCGUAUGAAAAUACACAACUAACUGGUCUUAUUGCUGCGUUCCAUAAAGCUAAGGAAGCAUCUCUUCCAGAAUCUUCUUAACUCUG